AUGGCCGAAGAUCAAGGAAAUCCAGAGCACCUGGCCUUUGAGUACGAUCGAGAGCCAGGACGAGAUAACGAGCAGCCAAGACCGAACCUGCCACCCGAGCGAACAAUGCGAGAAUACCAAACUCCAGCUAUGAAUGAGAACUAUUCGGGAAUCAGGAAACCGACGAUAGCCGCAAAUAACUUCGAGCUGAAGACGGGGCUAAUCAACAUGGUCAUGGCGAACCAAUUCUCCGGAGCAGCCACUGCGGAUCCGAAUCUCCAUCUUGCCAAUUUCUUGGAGAUUUGUGACACGAUCAAAGUUAACGGCGUUUCUGAUGAUGCCAUUCGGUUGAAGCUUUUCUCAUUUUCUGUCAGAGACAAAGCGAAGAGUUGGCUUCUGAGUCUUAAUCCAGGAUCACUCACCUGUUGGGAAGAAUUAUCACAAGCCUUUCUGGCACGAUUCUUUCCACCCUCGAAGACCGCACAACUACGAAGAGAUGUAGGCAAUUUCAGACAGAUGAGCCAAGAGCCGAUGCACGAGUCUUGGGAGAGAUUCAAAGACUUAUUACGACAAUGCCCUCAACACGGAUUCAACCCGUGGGAUCAAAUGGAGUUAUUCUACAAUGGGCUCGAUCAACCAGCCCGAUCUCUAGUCGAUGCUGCCUCAGGUGGAUCAUUGCAAAACAAGACUCCCACAGACGCUCGAGACAUUGUCGAGCGAAUGUGUGAAAAUGCUUACCAUUGGCCGUCCGAACGGAGUGGUAUACAAAAGGUGGCCGGAGUCCACCAACUCGAUCCUUUAGCCGCAGAUUCAGCACAAUUAGCGAUCCUAUCAAAUCAGGUCGCCCAAAUUUCAGUUCGAGGGCCACAGACCGAACGAGUAGCAGCAGCAAGUACCUCACAAGCCACAAACGACGAUUGGGAGCAGGCACACUUUAUGAACCACCGAUUCAACAAUUUCCGGGGAACCCACAAUCAGAACCAAAACCCUACUCAUUAUCACCCGGGAAUUCGGAAUCACGAGAACUUCUCCUAUGCCAAUCCGAAGAAUGCUCUACAACCACCUCCCGAUCUCAACCAUCAAAGAGAGCAACGAGGGCCAACGUAUGACGAGCGUCUUCACCGACAAGAACAGGAAAUGGAGGGCCUGAAAUCAACAAUGAAGAACAUGGAAAAGCAAAUAGGGCAAAUCGCCCAAUCCAUGUCCACAAUGGCCAAAGGUGGAUUUCCGAGCAAUACCGAAGUCAAUCCAAAAGAAAGCUGUCAAGCCAUAACCACCCGAAGUGGUUUGCAAAUGACCGAUCCUCCUUAUCCGACGGACGAAUCACCAAGGCCAGCUGUACAACCGACCCCGGUCGAGCCGGAAAUCACCAUUUCAGGGAGUAGUACAAAAGAGGCUAGUAAGCCCAAUAACAUUUCUUUUCCUGAUAAUCCCCCUCUUAUGGUAACUCCUAUUCCUUUUCCAGAAAGACAGAAGAAGAAGAAGUUCAAGGAUCAAUUGAAGAAGUUCAUCGAAAAGAUCAAACAGAUUCGAAUCAACAUCCCUUUUGCGGAAGCCUUGGAGGUAAUGCCAAACUACACCAAGUUCAUGAGGGAAGUCCUAUCCAAGAAAAUUCGAAUCGAAGAAGACACACCGGUGACACUCACGGCAACUUGCAGUGCCAUUCUUCAGUCGAAUCUACCACCAAAAAUGAAAGAUCCAGGGAGUUACACUAUUCCUUGUAUUAUUGGCAAUUCUACUUUCGAUAAAGCUUUAUGUGAUUUGGGGGCAAGUAUUAAUUUGAUGCCUAUGUCUGUGUUUCUAAAACUGGGCUUAGGAAAUUUGAACCGCACUCGCAUGACUUUACAACUAGCUGAUCGUUCAUUGAAAUAUCCCGAUGGGAUUGUAGAAGAUGUGCUAGUUAAAGUAGAUAAAUUCAUUUUGCCUGUUGAUUUUGUGGUACUUGAAAUGCCUGAAGAUGAUGAAGCACCAAUCAUUUUAGGUCGUCCAUUCUUAGCUACUGGUAAGGCGAUGAUUGAUAUGGAAUUAGGAUCUUUAAUGCUUAGGGUAAAUGGGGAAGAAGUUGUUUUUAAUUUGACAGAUGCAUUUAAACACUCUGAGCAUGUUGAGCAUUGCAGUAGAAUAGACGUGAUCGAGGACUGUGUUUCCUCCUUUUUUGAUUUGUAUGAAUUAUGUGAUUCUGUUGAGCACUGCAUUGUUAAUUCUAUUGAUUUGCAUUCUGCCUCCCCUGAAACUCCUAUUGAAAAUGAUGUGCUUGAUUGUGUGUUGUUUCUUGAGUGUGCCGAGACUUUGGGCGUAGACGAGGUAGGAAUCGUCCCCGAGAUACCAGUUAGUGUGAAUACGACCCCCGUACUAGAAUUGAAGCAAUUACCGGAUUAUCUUUGUUAUGCUUUUCUUGGAGCAGACAAGACUUAUCCGGUGAUUAUUUCUUCUAGUUUGAGCGAGGCCGAAACAAACACACUGCUGGAAGUCCUUAGAGAAUAUAGGUCAGCUAUAGGUUGGUCUAUUGAGGAUAUUAAGGGAAUUAGCCCGUCUAUUGUUCAACACAAAAUUCUAAUGGAAGACGUCUAUAAACCGAGAGUCCAACCUCAGAGGCGGUUAAACCUGUCAAUGAAAGAGGUAGUCAAAAAAGAAGUCUUGAAAUUGUGA